UGUUGUAUAUGUUACGCAUCGAUGGAUCCAUCCGUCUGAGGUCUGAGUCUGACGAUUAAGCCGUCGAUUGGAUCGGCGGCAUGGAGAUAAUGCAGGAGGAGCUGCUACCUGACGACAUGGUGGCCGAGGUUCUGGGCCGCCUCUCGCCCAGCAGCCUUGCGGCGGCACGCUGCGUGUGCCAGCGGUAGUGCUCCAUCGUCGACGGCCGCCGCCUGCUGCGCGGCCACCUCCUCCCUCUCCGCCUCCACGGGCGCCAAGAACUCGCGCAGGGAGGCAACAGAACCCGCCCCAUAUUUCUUGGGACGCCCUCCCACGGCGCGCCGGAUCACCCGCGACCUCCAACGCUACUUCUUAGCCAGCGGCUGCGACGACGAUGAUCGGGUGAUGUAUGAUCACUGCAAUGGCCUCCUCUUGCUCGGCUGGUGGCCCAUGGCUGUGGUUAACCCGGCCACGCGACAGUGGGCAGCCUUAUUGCCUCCACCAGAACUACUGCCGCCGUUGCAACUGUCGCAUGGGCACGUCGAGGGCAACCACUUGUAUCCAUACUACCACCUUGUCUACGAUCCUACGGCGGUGUCGCCACAUCGCUUUGAGGUAUUUAUUAUCUCCGAGUUAAUGGUUCGCUAUAAUAAACACAGAUACGAUGGCCGCGCGGAGUGGCCACCGUCGCCGUACACGACGCACGUCUUCUCGUCCACCACAUGGAAGUGGGAGGAAAGAUCUUUUCUACGCCAAGGAGAACCUACCGGGACCAUUGAUGAUGUGGCUGUUGGCGGCUACCGCCGUGGCGUCUAUUUCCAAGGAGCACUUUAUGUCCAUUGCCAACAUAAUUCCGUCAUAAGAAUUGAAUGCUUGUCGGAUGACGACGGUAAGUACCAGAUGAUCAAAUUGCCGACAUUAAUCAAACUUGGCAAGUCCUAUUUGGGAAAAUCAGAGCAAGGGGUGUACUAUGCAUUACUCUAUCCAGAUGAUGCUAGUUGCCCCCACUUGCGCGUUUGGUUGCUUGAUGUUCAUAGGAUGGAGUGGGUGUUGAGGAGUGACGUCAGCCUUCAAGCCAUGGAGAAUUUUCCUACUCGUCACUUUGCUAGCGGAUACAACAAACCAUGGAUCGUUGUUCAUCACAACCACAACAACAUACCAUCAACACAUCCUGCACAAGAAGAAGAUGAUAGGAUUAUUGAGUUUGAUGAUAAUGAAUGGGACUUUGACGACGGCGGCGUCAUUCUUGAAACCAAAGAUGACGAAGCCACAAGACAAGGGUCGUACCAUAUGCCUUCUUUCCUAGGGUUUCAUCCUUACAAAGAGAUUGCCUUGUUUUUCACAAUGUCAACUAGAAGGGUUCUAUGUUAUCAACUAAAUACCUCCAAGGUUCAAGAGUUAGGCAUCUUAGAUAUACCCGCGGACAUGUUAGAAACUUUCUUCCUCUACACACCAUGUAUGUUGGAUGUGGGGGGCUUAUGUCGUCUGAAAACAAUUUAG